GAUUGAGUGAGUGUUCAGUGAAAUGGCAUUCAAAGCACUAUUUGUUUAUCCAUUCAUUGAUUCCUAGAUUAACACCGAUUUUAAUGACAUUUUUAACGCAAACCUCUUUUAAGACAAUAUUUUAACAUAAGAUUCAAUCAACUGAUCCAUUGAUUGGACGAUGGAUUUUCUGAAGAGCGGCUGGAACUCCGUUUUGGGCACAAAUGCGGACACGAGUCAGCCAUCGGUCGCCGAAACCGUCGAGAAACUGGUCGAAAGGGUGGAGAGUUCGACGCUUCUGGAGGACCGACGGGACGCGUGUCGGGCACUGAAGUCGCUGUCGAAGACAUACCGUCUGGAAGUGGGCGCACAAGCCAUGGAUGCCUUGACUUAUGUCCUCCAAAACGACUCGUCAGACACAGAGAUCAUGAGUUACGCCAUCGAUACUCUUAAUUAUGUCAUCUCUGGACCCAUGGACGACAUGACAGAGACACCGGUGAACCCGAGCACUACCGGUGCCAGUGGUGGUGACCAGUCGUCCCCCGAUUUGGGCGUCCAGUUCACCGAAAUCUUCAUCAAACGCAAGGAGAAUGUGGCGCUUCUGUUGGAACUGUUGGCCGAAAACGACUUUAAGGUGCGCUACCCAUCAGUGAAGCUAUUGAUCGGUCUGUUGAGGAAUAAGUUGCGCGACUGUCAGGACUGUAUUCUCGCGUAUCCGAGAGGUGUGGCUCUUCUCAUGGAUCUGUUGGUCGACAGUCGCGAAGUGAUCCGAAACGACGCGUUACUACUAUUAGUCCAUUUGACGCGAAGUAAUGCCAACAUUCAGAAGAUCGUUGCCUUUGAGAACGCUUUUGACAAACUUCUGGAGAUUGUGGCCGACGAAGGAUAUAGUGAUGGAGGUGUUGUGGUCGAGGAUUGUCUCAUAGUAUUGCAGAAUCUAUUAAAACUCAAUUCUUCGAAUCAAAACUUCUUCAAAGAGGGCUCUUAUAUCCAACGACUGCUACCAUUCCUAGACAUCCCUAACGCCACUGUAUGGAGCGCUCAGAAAGCAACGAACCUCUUGUUUAUGCUGCAAGUGAUCCGAACUCUGGUGUCGCCCAAUAAUCCAUUACAAGUGACCACUUCUUGUCAGAAAGUUAUGCAACAAAGCGGUCUUCUGGAGAAGUUGUGUCUCAUUUUGAUGGCCAGUGGUAUUCCCGCAGACAUUCUCACUGAAACAAUUAACGCGGUGUCAGAAGUGAUUCGCGGCAAUCAUCACAAUCAGGAGUACUUCAGUACAGUUAACGCGCCGACCGUUCCGCCAAAGCCUGCAAUUGUGGUGUUAUUGAUGUCAAUGGUUAAUGAGAAGCAACCCUUCGAACUGAGAUGUGCUGUUCUCUAUUGUUUCCAAUGCUUUCUCUAUAAGAAUGAGCUUGGUCAGGCUCAGAUCGUACAAACACUACUGCCCUCGUCUACAGAAGUGGUUGCCGUUACCGCCGGGCAGUUACUUUGUGGCGGACUAUUCAGUGUCGACGGGUUGUCUAAUUGGUUCGUUUCGGUGGCUUUGGGUCACGCAUUGGUCGACAAUACAACUCAAAAGGAACAGCUGUUGAGAGUGCAAUUGGCCACAGAUGUGGGCACUGCUCCCGUCUCUCUCCUAAAGCAUUGUUCAACUAUUCUUCAAAUCGGUGGCAAUUUCCAGAAGAGAAUCAGUCUAUUGAUGCUGUUAUGCACGUGGUGUGCACACUGUCCAGCAGUUGUUUCUCAUUUCCUCAGUAUCCCCACAAACAUCCCAUACCUGACCUCUCAAGUGGGUCUCGUAGAGGGCGACGACCUCGAGAUUCUCAUACAAGGAAUCUGUGCUUUCCUUUUAGGAAUUUGUAUUCAUUUUAACGACAAUUCUGUGCCAAGUUUUACGAAAGAAGACUUGUGUCAACUGAUUGUCAAGAGAAUAGGUUUAGAGAUAUUUUUAGACAAAUUGGGCUCAAUAUCCAAGAAUGAGAGCUAUAGUCAAGCCGUACAAAGACCUCAACUUUCUUAUAGACGUACUGAAGACGUUCUCUUUGAUUAUGAAUUCUGUCGUCUCUUCAAAUCACUCGAAGGUCUUGUGAUAAAGGCCUCGCAAUCAAAGCCCAGCGAUUUAGUCAAUGGCCCCGAAUCUAAUAUGACGGCCGAUGAGCACCGACUCCUUAACCAAUACAAAGAAGUGAUUCGAGAACAGGACCAACAGUUGACUGUAAUUAGACGUGAGUUCUGUGUCUUAAAGGAAGAGCACAGCAGAGUAUUGAUGCAAAUGCAGGAGCAGUCGGCGCACAUCCAACAGCUUAAAGACCAAAACGCUUUACUAAAAGCACAAAAGAGCGCCAUUUCUCCGCUCAAUAUUAGCGCUAUUGACUCCUCAUUGCCAUCCGAUGCCAAUAGCAAUGAGUGUCAAGAAUUAAGACUUGAGAUCCAGAAUCUGUUGCAACAAAUUCAGACGCGAGACAACGAUAUUACAGCUCUCAGAAAUGAGUUGUCAGUCAAAGUACAAGAAUUGAAAACACGCGGUGCUAUAGAAUUACAAACUGAAAAUCAAAACCAAAACCAAAACCAAAAUGAAGGUCUUUUGAAUGAAAACAGAGAAUUGCAAGAAUUGGUAUCAAAGUUGAAGUCGGAUUUGGAUAUCAAUCAAUCAAAGAGUUCAUCAGAUAGUGAACUGUUAGCUGAGCGCCAGAAACUGGAAUCUGAGUUAGACUUUGUGCGCAAAGAACAGGAAGACCUACUGGUGCUGCUCACCGAUCAGGACUCUAAGCUCAGACACUAUAAGAGGCGACUGAAGGAAUUGGGACAAACUGUCGAAGACGACGACGACAACUAUGAUAUCGACGAUUCAGACCUUCAGUUGUAAACUGAAUACUAAUAAUAUUUAUUUAUAUAUAAUUCAAAUGCAU